CUAGUAUACGCAAGUGGCCGGUGGCAUUCAACUCGCAAGUUGUAGAACCUGGAUAGGUACUGCUUCAUGUCCAAGUACCUCAUUGGCCAUUGAAGAGAAGCUUACGUUUUUGCAUUCUUACGGCCAACAGAAACUCCACUCAAGGCGUGAAGUGCCGCUUCCCUUCAAGUGCUUCGUCCUUUAAACUGCAGCUAUGAAGGCGCUUAUUCUUGUUGGCGGCUUCGGCACCCGCCUGAGGCCUCUUACCCUCUCGGUACCAAAACCGCUUGUCGACUUUGCCAACAAGCCGAUGAUCUUGCAUCAGAUUGAAGCACUGAAAGCUGCAGGAACGACUGAGGUUGUACUGGCAAUCAACUAUCAACCGGAGCUUAUGCUUGGCUUCUUGCGAGAAUUUGAAGCGCAGCUGGGGGUGAAGAUCAUCUGCUCUCAGGAGACAGAACCAAUGGGAACUGCAGGGCCUCUUGCCUUGGCUCGAGAGAUUCUCGAUGAUGGGUCGGGAGACCCCUUUUUCGUGCUCAACAGUGAUGUCAUCAGCGAGUAUCCUCUGAAGGAUAUGCUGGAGUUCCACAAAGCACACAAUGCAGAGGCAACCAUUAUGGUGACCAAGGUGGAAGAACCCUCCAAGUAUGGAGUGGUCGUCUACAACGAGCAGACUGGCAACGUCGAUCGCUUUGUUGAGAAACCCCAGAUCUUCGUGGGGAACAAGAUCAACGCUGGUAUUUACAUCUGCCAACCGGCGAUCCUUGAUCGCAUUGAGCUACGCCCCACAAGUAUCGAGAAGGAGGUCUUCCCCAAGGUGGCUGCUGACGGCAAACUCUUCUGCAUGGAACUUCCCGGAUUCUGGAUGGACGUCGGCCAGCCCAAGGACUACAUCACUGGUCUGCAGCUUUAUCUGGAAUCCCUGCGCAAGAGAUUCCCUGAACGGCUGGCCAACGGAGCGCACGUCACUGGAAAUGUCCUGAUUGACUCGACAGCAGAGAUUGGAGAGGGCUGCCUCAUUGGGCCUGACGUGUCCAUUGGACCAGGCUGUCACAUUGAGCCUGGAGUGCGGCUAUCUCGCUGCACCAUCCUGCGAGGAGUGCGUGUGAAGAAGCAUGCCUGCAUCACGGGGAGCAUCAUUGGCUGGCACUCAACUGUCGGUCAGUGGGCUCGCGUAGAGAACAUGACAGUCUUGGGGGAGGAUGUGCAUAUGUCCGACGAAGUCUACAGCAAUGGUGGUGUUGUCUUGCCACACAAAGAGAUUAAGGCCAGCAUCCUUUCACCACAGAUCAUUAUGUAGUUGGUAGCGUGCCCGUUAAUCCAAUAACCAGCGAUCGUGAAGUCCUGAAAAAAGAUCUCAGCACUAGCAUGUGUAUAAACCAUUUUCCAGGUAAUGCGUCCCGCCUGCAAGUUGAAGCGGUUGCCAGUGUCAUAAAGGUAUAUCAAUGUUGUACGGUUCUUGUUGAAGCAUUUGAAACAAUCAACUGAGGAGUGUAAUGACGAUUACGCUGAUCUUGCGUUCAUUGAAGAGUACUGCUAACCCAUCUGGUGAUGUAUUGCAUACUUCCAAAAAGAGAAGGCCCUCCGACAACUUGCAAUAAUUCCCUUGCUAGUGACGGCCUCAACAACUCCACCUUUGGCCGUUUGAAUUUCUAUUGUUGUCUUUUACUAUUGCUUGCCCGAGAUCAAGUACGAACAUGUGAC